ACAGCGUCUCCGUGCUGUGUGGAUGACAACAAACAUGGCGGAGAGCCUCGGGAGUGCAGAAACGGGAAAUGAAAGGGGCGGCGAGGCCACCAUUUCUGGAAAUGUCAGCAAAUUGGUUGUUUAUCCUCCUGGGUUUACUGGGCAGGCGAGAAAAGGACACCUUAUGUUUGAUGCCUGCUUUGAAAGUGGUAACCUUGGAAGAGUGGACUAUAUCUCAGAUUUUGAAUAUGACCUCUUUAUCCGUCCUGAUACCUGUAACCCACGUUUUCGAGUCUGGUUCAACUUUACAGUGGAGAAUGUGAAAGAAUCCCAGAGGAUUAUUUUCAACAUUGUGAACUUCAGCAAAACAAAAAGUCUUUACAGAGAUGGAAUGGCCCCGGUAGUGAAAUCUACAAGUCGCCCAAAAUGGCAAAGACUACCUGCAAAAAAUGUCUAUUACUAUCGCUGUCCAGAUCAUCGCAAGAACUAUGUCAUGUCUUUUGCCUUCUGCUUUGACCGAGAGGAGGAUACCUACCAGUUCGCUUACUGUUACCCAUACACAUACACGCGUCUUCAGCAUUACCUAGACUCCCUGGACAGACAGGGCUUAGAAUAUGUCCAAAGAGAACUUCUUGCCCUGAGUGUGCAACAACGGAGACUUGACCUUCUGACAAUAACCAACCCGAAGAACUUGGAGUCUGGAGUCGAGCAGAGGGUCGUGUUUAUAACGUCGAGGGUGCACCCCGGGGAAACACCUUCUUCCUUCGUGUGUCAGGGCAUCAUGGAUUUUCUGGUGGGUGGACACCCCAUCGCCAAACAUCUGAGAGAUCAUUUUGUUUUCAAGAUAGCACCCAUGCUUAAUCCAGACGGGGUUUACCUGGGCAAUUACAGGUGCUCGCUGAUGGGUUUUGAUCUAAACAGGCAUUGGCAAGACCCCUCUCCCUGGGCUCACCCUACCCUGUAUGGAGUGAAAAAUCUAAUAGUGGGAAUGCACAGUAAUCAGAAAACCAGCCUGGAAUUCUACAUUGAUAUACAUGCGCACUCCACCAUGAUGAAUGGAUUCAUGUACGGGAAUAUGUUCGAACAGGAUGAGCUGUUCCGGCGACAGGCUAUAUUCCCAAAGUUACUUUGUCGAAAUGCUGACGAUUUUUCAUUUACCAGCACGUCUUUUAACAAGGAUAAUGUGAAGGCCGGGACGGGGAGACGAUUUCUUGGGGGUCUCCUUGAUGAUUCUUCAUAUUGCUACACCUUGGAGGUCUCCUUCUACAGUUACAUGCUGGGUGGCUCUGCAGUCCCCUACACCGAGGACGCUUAUAUGAAGCUUGGAAGAAACGUAGCCAGGACUUUCAUGGAUUAUUACCAACUUAACAGCACGACGGAGGGUCUGGGAACACCUGUUCCUUAUACACGCAGAGAGAAACCUCCAGCCAUCACCGGAAUGUAUCAACCUGGAACCGGGGUGACACGUAGAAACCGCAAGAGUUCAGCCAACAGCAAGAAGCCACCAAAGCCUUCUUAAAGAAGAAAGAAAAAAACAGGCAAAAACAAAUCGGCUAAA